GAAACUACAUUCCCCGGAAGGCUUUUCAGGAACUUAACGCUGUCGUGGCGUUUCGGGGGUUACAGUGGGAAUGCCUGAAAGUGUGCCCCGUUUUCUCCUUGCCGCUGAGUGUGUGAACGGCGGUCUUCAGUGGUGCCCGUGAGUCUCAGGAGAAGGACUUAUCUCACCUCUCCUGUGGCGAAUAAGGAUGAGGAGGGCUGGGCUGGGUGAAGGAGCUGCUGGCAGCAAUUAUGGUUAUACCAAUAGUGGCUAUAGUGUAUAUGAGGAAGAAAAUGAAAAGCUAACAGAAAGCUUGCGUUCAAAAGUCACUGCCAUAAAAUCUCUUACCAUUGAAAUUGGAACAGAAGUUAAACAACAUAAUAAAUUAUUAACUGAAAUGGACAAUGAUUUUGAUUCAACAAGUGGAUUCCUUGGUGCAACAAUGGGCAGAUUGAAAAUCCUCUCCAGAGGAAGCCAGACAAAACUGUUAUGCUACAUGAUGCUGUUCUCAUUGUUUGUGUUUUUUGUGAUUUAUUGGAUUAUUAAACUAAGGUAAUGCAGAUCUCCAUUAUGAGAUUAUUUACA